CUCCCAAACCAUUGGCAAACUGGGCGUGCCAUUUCCGGAGCAGAACCGGUGAAAGUUGAUUUUAAAUACAUCAAGAACUUCUUGCCAAUUCGUUAGUGUUGUUCUCGUUGCAGUCGAGCGAAGACGUCACCGGAAUUAAACAAUGAUUGGUACAAAAGCAUUGCUCCUGCUGUUUGGGGCACUUUUGCUCGUUAGCUACGCCACAGGUGAAGAUGGGCAACUUGACCCGAAGGAACGGUACAAGAUCAUCAAAAGGAUGCUCAAGUCUCAAAAGGACAUUCACAGAGCCUUGUUGAGGAUCCGUCAGCAGAUUAUCAACGACGGGCAGGUUCCCGAAGGCGAACAGGACAAUGAAGACGAAAAAUACGACGAAUCCAGCGAGGAAAGUGAGGAAAGCUACCGCGAAAGGCAGAGGGAAAUUCGCGAGGCUCGUGAAAGAAUAAACGAACACGUCAGGGAAAUCGCGGAGAAUUUUGAAGAAAUUCACGAGUUGAUUGCGAAAAUCGAACGCAAAGUUGAUGAAGAAAUCGUGAACAUGGGUAAACGCGACGUGAGCUUCAACCUGCACUACCGACCAGGUCGUCGUCCAAAACCUAAGCCAUCUUCCGAAGAAAGUACUGAAAUGCCCACCGGAGGUCCGGAUCCACCCAUGUCUACUACGGAAGUGCCACCAACGGAGCCUCCAAUGCCGGAACAAAACAAUGGUCGCCGCAGGAAAAGGCCCUUCCGGAACAACUACCGUGCAAGUAGAGCCUGGGAAGCACUUGGUGCUGCAGAAGAAGUGGUUCAGUGAGGAGAAUCAUUUUGAAACUGCUCAAUCAUAUGAUAAAACUAUGCUUUAAACAUUAAGAUUAAAAAAACUGAUUUAAAACGAUACACAAAGGGAGAAUAAAUU